GUAGUUGGAAAGCGAAACGAUACGAGACGAGGUAGAGGCCGAAUGUUCGCUUAGGUAGCUCAAAGAAAAUCCAAGUGUGAUAAGAUGGCGUCACGCACGUCAGAGCUAGGGAAGAAGUGAGGGGUAGAGGAAAGACAGGAAGGAGGCAGGCCACAGGCGAACGUCGCCAGGGGACUGCGGUGUGUGACAGAGAGUGCGAAUACGGGUGCUGUCAUGUCUUCUUCGAGCCUUAAGAACAACGGCUACGUCUUAAUUACGGUGAUACCUAGUGCACGACGCAUAAUCCAGUAACAUCAUCAUCAAUGCCUUUGUUCGACAAUAAGAAACGUUCUCAGUCUAACACGUUCGUAUCAACGUUGCGAGGACGGAGUUAGUAUCGGUGGUGGCUCGGUUGUCUUGAAAGUGUUUCGAGUAUCCGAGGAAAAACGUGCGACGGGAUAAUAUCCGCUCGAGGUACUCGAGAGAAAGAGAGCCUUCUUCCUCUCGGUCCUGGACACGUCGAGGAGGAGGAGGAGGAGGAGACGGAGGCGAUCUGCCAAAGAGAUGCGCGAGUUCAAGGUAGUCGUCCUCGGCUCGGGCGGGGUAGGCAAGAGUGCACUCACCGUGCAAUUUGUUUCGGGAUGUUUCAUGGAGAAGUACGAUCCGACGAUCGAAGACUUUUAUCGAAAGGAGAUCGAGGUGGACAACUCGCCGUGCGUCCUCGAGAUCCUCGACACCGCCGGCACCGAACAGUUCGCGAGUAUGCGCGAUCUUUACAUAAAGAACGGGCAAGGGUUCGUCGUCGUUUAUAGCCUGACGAAUCACCAGACCUUCCAGGACAUAAAAGCGAUGAAGGAAUUGAUAACGCGCGUCAAGGGUACCGAGAGGGUGCCGGUGUUGCUGGUCGCGAACAAGCUCGACCUGGAGCAUCAACGCGAGGUGGACACCGCCGAGGGUAACGCACUGGCUCAGCUCUGGGGCUGCCCAUUCGUCGAGGCAUCCGCGAAGAGUCGCACCAACGUCAACGAGGUGUUCGCCGAGAUCGUACGCGAGAUGAACGUCAGCCCGGAGAAAGAGAAGAAGAGCUACUGCUGUUGCGUGGUCCUCUAAUAAUUAAUCAAAAUCCUGCACCGCGGCUCGAACCGAGAGCCAAACUAGGUAAAGGAAUAACGAAAAAUAGUGGCUGAUCGCAGUACACUGGCCGAGGAUGAGGAACCAGUGACUACGCUCUCUCUCCGUUAGGCUCAAACGUUGUUGGGCAUGUGCUGUGAAUUCGCCAAUCUGAGAAGACUAAUAUUAACGAUUCUACUCCGGAUUUUUGUGAAACUCGAAUACGUCAAAAACUCAUGCCGUCUCUUGGUUCUUUUUCUAUUGGAAAAUCACAGCCUGCUAUUUGCCUGGCUGUUAAAUAUUUUAAUAUACAUGGAUAGUAUUAUGUGUAAUAUUAUUGUAAUAUAUAAUAAUAGAUGUAAGUGGGCAAUGAAAGAGGUAACUCCGUCAGCAAAGGACCAAUACUCGAAAGGAAAAUGAGUGAGAGAGUGGACGAACACAACGGAAUAAGGGUGGACAAGGGAAGUAAUAACAAAACUGCCCUGCGAUAGUUGUUACUUGUUAACAGCGAAACCAAAUUCGAUUUAUCUAGCUUUCUGCUCAAUCUAGGAGAAGCACGCCCAUCACGUUUCCCAUUGUUCCAGUCCACGAAUCUCUCUGUUACUCUCGGAUCAAGAUGCCGAUCAACGGAAGCAUCGAAAACUAUUUGCAGACAUUGAAGGAAUCACUGUGGUCGUUGGUCGUUUGGAUUCGAUUAAAAGAAUUUGUAACGUUGGAGCAGAUAUCAUUUACAAUGUACAGUCACGGAUUAAGAAGAUAAAGAAGAAGACAGACGAGUCUUAGAUUAGCAUUGUGCAAUGAUUUCCGUUAACAAUAUAUUACCUGUGCUCAAUCAUCAGAGGCUGCAGUAGAAAAAUUGCAUUGUACAGAAGGCUUGAACGACGUGUUGCUGGUGGCACUGGUAUUGAUUGUACAGUUUUAAUAGUAGAAGUAAUAUUUUAUUAAGACGAACACGGAGAAUCGAGGAUGGUCAUCAAACGAUAGGAUUUUAUACUUGAGACCAUAUAUUCAAGGAGUUGUGUUCUUAUGGAUUUCAAUGAUUCCAUUGCAUAGCAGAUAUUCUACAUAUUCUUAUUUCUAUAAGGAUUGUUACUUUGUUCGAACGGGAGAUGGGAGCAAGGCAUCUAGUGCUCUGGUUGAUCGAGCCACAACGAAAAGGAACCGAAAUGGAACGUGGGAAAGAAAGGAGAUUGCAGUAAUAUUAAAGAACACUAACGCAUAACGUCAAUCGUAAAAAUAAUUAUAGGAUUUAUACGGUAAAGUGUGUACGCGAUAGAAGCAUGAAAAAUACAACAUCUUUAUACAAUGGCAAGACGUUUUAUAGAAAAUUUUAAACCGACCGGAGGCGACACAUUGAAACGUCCUUUUCUCACAAAGGCUUGCUGGUACAUUGAUCCCUUCAACUGCAAGAUACGUAUGUGGUACUCGUAAUAAUAUCCAAUAUUAUCCAUUGCUUUGUACGAAACACAGAAAAUCUCCUUUCGAUUAUCGUUCAGUUCGUGAAUGUAAAAUGGUUAGAUGUAAAAAAAAAACGAAGGCAUAAGAAGCAAUGGACUCCCUUACAAGUAGUAGUAGGUCGUGUGUAAUUUUUCUCGUGUGAUCAAAAAAAAAAUCAUAUUAUCCGAUGUUAAAUACCGCUUUUAUACCAUAACAGUCAUUAUAUUAGCUCGAUAUGUUAUUAUUUAACGCUACCACCAUCGAAGUCAUUUAAUUUCCGUGUGAUCGCUGCACGACGUACCUUAACAAAAAUCAUGCGAACAUUCGAUUACAUUGUCUUCUCGUUUCAUUUUUAUGAACUUAACCGAGGGAUCGUCGAUCCCGAUUCCAAUCCGAUUAUAAAAAAAAAAGCGAAACUUGUAUUUAUAGUUUGUAUAAAUAAUCUAUACUUGUUCGUCUCUCGAUAAUUACCUGUCUUUCGGAUCGAUUGCGAAUGUUGAAUUGUACACGAGCGAUAUCUUUUCCCAAGAUUCCGAUCGAACGGUCGGAGAGCAUCGAACUGAGGAGUUUCAAACGGACUGAUGUACAGUAUUUCUAUCAUUGGUAGUUAGUGGGGAAAAAAAGUAAUUAACAACGUGUCCGACGAUACACAGAAUACCUGGGAAGAAUUAUCGAUCGUACGUUUAAUUCGUUCUCUAGAAUUUGUCGGUGCACUUUUAAGAAACGUCGUUUCGUAGCGAAUACGCGUGGCUUUUCUCUCCGUGAACAUGUCGAAGCAUUUAACUUUGUGCAUUGAACGCUGUUACAUCGCGACACUCGUCAAUUCUCACAGACGUUUAAGUUUAAUUAGUUCAUUUAGUUAGUUCGCUAUUAGGCUAAAUGUAAUUCUCUACUCGUAUUCGUUUUUAUUCUCAUUCCAAAAUGUUAGCAUUCGUGUGUAAUAACGUGUACAUUGAAAAUAAUCGUGAACUGUUAGAGUGAAACGAAACUAAGGGAAAAACAUACUCGAACCAGAGUGAAUCCAAAGUAGCUACGCGUGUUCGACUAAUCAAGGGUGCUAUAAUACGUUUCGUCAGUUUUAAGAUUGGUGAAGCGUAUAUACCGACUUAGCGAAUCGGCCAUCAAUUUCGUUAAUGUACUCAACUACAUAAUAUGAAACAGGCAGAGGAAGAAACAAAAUGGAAAUGAAAAAAAGAAUGGGAGUGGGAGGGGGAGGGGGUUCUGCAGAUAUAAUAAUUGUUCGUAUCGUUCUAUUUUGUCACUCGGAAAAUUCAUAGGCUCGCUGUGAUCCCGUAGAUUAUAACCGCAGUUUUUCUAUUAAAAGACGACGAUAAUAACCGCGUAUAGAAGCCUUUCAAACGGCGAAUCAAAGGGCCUCUUUGUGGUACGUGUAAUCGCUCUCGCUCUAUUAUCGUUACGUUUUCUCACCCUCCUCGGGUUUUUUGUGCUACGCGAAAACCAUAGAUCGGCAAAAAGACGAAACGAGCGGGGCGGGAGGGGGUUCGGUCAGGAAGAAAAGGAGGAAAUGUAAAGUAAAAAGGACACUCGUCGACUUCCCGCGGGAUAGCUUUCUAAGUAUUUAAGGCGUGACACAGACACAUACUAAUAUACAGGCGAAAAAGGGAAUACGUAAAGGGAAAAGAAGUUUCUAUAUUUGUAUCGCUUCCAAAUGUUAAGACGCACACAUUUCUCCGACACGCGAGGUCGCGGUUUUAAGAAUAUUUUUCUAAAGAACGGCGCUGAAACUUUUGUACGCGAAAAGAAAACUAACUAAAAUACGAAAACUAACUAACUAAUGAUAUAAUUGUCCUCUACGUACUUGGAAAGCUAUCGAUAAUUUAAUGAGAGAGAAAAAAACCAAAUCGAGCUUCGUCUGAGUGAGCAUAUCAAGUGUCAAGGACCAGGUUUCGUUUUCUUCCUUGUUUCCCGGCCAGCAGAUAUUUUCAAUUCUAUUCUUUUUCGUUUUGUUUAUUAAGGAAAAACAUAUUUAGGGAAAGAAAGCACAAGAAUUCACCACCUAACAAAAACGAUUCGCAUACGGUUUUAUAAUUAGGUAUAAAUAAAUGAAUAAAUAAAUGAAUGAUAUAAAUAUAAAUAUAUAUAUAUAUACAAUAUAUAUGUAUACAUGCAGAUUUGUUACGCAACUGGGUCACAUUAAUUCGAGAAACACCACGAUUUAGAUGUAUAUCGGCCUUUCUGUACUACCUGCGUAUUGAUAUUGAGUACGAAAUACGUUAUAUUUUUUACAAUGUGAAGAAUCUGUAAAUAUUAUAGCGUCGAAUUAUAUAAUAAUAAUAAUUAAUAUUAAUGAAUGAGAAAAUGGAAAGAAACCGAAGGAAAUUACUGAUCUGACAUACGAAAAAAAAAAGAAAGCAACAAACGAGAAUGGCUUGCAGUAAAAAAAUGUGCAUUUCAUUGACAAACGACGAUGCUUUACUAUAAUUACGUUAUUUUGUUGCUGUUUCCCUUUAUUUUUAGCCGUCUGUUCUCUUUUGGUACAUUGUUCUCUGAUUGGAUUCGAAUAUUGCGUUCAAGCGAAUAAUAUCACUUGGGUAGACGGGAAACGGAUACUCGAGACAACUUCGUACGCGAUAUCACCUGCGAAAAUUGUUUGCUGGUAAUACGAGUUACUCCUCGCAUCUCUAGCUAGCUCCGGUGCGCGUCGAAAAGAGAAAUACACGGGAACCGACGAAGGUUUGCAUUAUUUUUUACUAGUAGCGAACGAAGUAAAAAAAAAAUACGUGAAGCGUAAAAUCAUGUAGCCGUCGUGUGUUUCCCUGUUUAACGCGACCGAAGAUAAUCUGUAACGAGUUUUCCUCGCGUCGAGCGAGGAGAAACUUAAAAGUAACGAAAAUCUAAUUUCGUGUAUCGGUUAUUUUCGUUCAUUGCCAAAUUUCGUUCCGUUUAUAUUACCAGCAUAAGAAUCUAGUCACUAUAGGAAUCUUGUAACUCAAUGACGUGGAAAAAAUGUGUUAUAAUAUGGAUAUGCUUGAAAGACGAUGAUUUUACUGAUAAGGGGUUCGUAACGUUAGAAUCGUAUCGUCCUAUCGUCUAGUUUUUAGACUGGAACGAUCGUUUCGUUAAGGUAUAGCAUGAAUCGCACUGAUUAAUCAUUAUAAAAACAAGGGAAGAGUUUAAUUUUAAAAGGCGAUAGGUUGAUACAGUAAUUUUGUUCCAUAUCGAAGACCAGGUUUUUCCAUGAACGGCAUUGAGACUAUCCCGAGGAAGCUACCCAUUUGAUUUGUCUCCGUCUCAAUACUGGUGCACAUUUUUUCUUUGUAUGCAAUUUUUUCACAUUUUUUUAUUACUAACCAUUGUACUGGCAUUUUGGAAAUAUCGCACAAAUAUAAUAUAGAAUAAAAAAACAAACGGCAA